AUGAAAAAAUGUGGCAGCAGCACAGAACAGUCUCUCUCAGCUUUCCUUCGCGAGACAAGCUUUGAAUCACGUCACGGCGGCAAAGAGGCAGUUGAACCGGAAAAUACACUCUCUGAACACGGCAUACGCACCGGCCAACGCAACACAUCUCAUACUCUCCUCAUCUCCAUCGCUUCUUCUCGUCCCACCACCACGGCUUUGUGCUCAACACCCUUUGCUACUCGCUUGUCCAUCAUGUCGGCUCGAUCACUCGCCCGCGCAGUACGACCGCUUCGUCUGCCCCGUGUGGCAGCGACGCUCCCUCACCAUCCCAUCGCUGCAUUCCACCCGAUCCCCCUCCGCACAUCGACCCCCCAAACCUCCUCCCUUUCCCUCCGCACAUUCUCCACCACCCUCUCCCACCUCUCCAAAGACACAUCAUGGUCUUCCAAAGGCCCGCUGAAGUACACCGAACUCAAACCCGAAACAUCCUCCCCCUCCGGCAACAUCACCAUCAUCGACGUCCGCGAACCCAACGAGGUCGCCCAAGGCAUCAUCCCCUCUGCCGUCAACGUACCCCUCUCCCAAUUCCAAAAGGCCUUCUCCGGUGACGGCGGUGACUUCCUCCGUGAAUUCGCUUUCCAACGCCCCGCGUACGACGACAAGAUCGUCUUCUACUGCAGAAGCGGAAAGAGGAGCCAACAGGCCUUGGAGUUCGCCAACAAGAACGGCUGGUGGAACACGAGGAACUACGAGGGAAGCUGGUUGGAUUGGGUUCAGCAGGAGGAGGCCAGAGGACAGCAGAGCAAGAUCAAGGAGGACGACGAUUGA